UACACAUACACACAUUGACAACUGUUAGUUUAAAAGUUUUUUUGGCAAAACACUGAUUAGUUUUGUGUAAUUGACAAGAUUUUCUGCUACAAAAAAUACAUUUUCAGAAGGUACGUAUUUACAAGAAAUAUUAACUCGGAGACUAAAUUAUGAAAAUUUAACAAACUUUGAAGUGAAAGUAAAACAAAUCAAGUAGAUAUUCAAGAUAGAAGCGUUAUAAAGUACCCUGAUAAAACAAGGCCUUACGUAAUUUUGUAAAAGCGGAGACAAACUUCACCAUGUGGACGAAGGGGAGAAAAUCGUCCCUGCCUAAAAGGACUGUUAACCUGGCUGGUUACGAUGCCAAAUUGGGUACCGGCUCCUCCCCCACUUCCGGCGGGGACACGGGGCUGCCUCCCGCCUCAAUUUAUUACUGCGGGAGAACUUUCCCCGACAAGAAAUCCUGCCGCUGUUGGAACUGUCCAUUUCCAUUCGUCUGCGGUCCGAAGUCCGGCUGCCCGUGUGCCGAAUGUGUCGAACUUCUCGGUUUCAGAGUGAAUUCGGCGGGAGAUCUGGGUAAACCGGGCGGUUCCCUGGGAGACGGUGGUGACACCGCGAUGACACCGCAGAACCUGUUUUACUGCGGGAAAUGGAAGAUGGCGUGUCGCUGUGGGACGUGCGAUGGGCAGUGCGGGCCGCUGAGCGGGUGUCCGUGCCACGCAUGCGUGGAGCUGGUCGGGUUCAGGGUGAAUCGAGACGGAGUCCUGUGCCGAAAAGAGGGUGAAAUGUGGUAUUGUGGGAAGAAGAGGAAGGGAAAGUGUGGGUGUGGGGAGGAUUGCGGGGAGAAAUGUGGAGGGAGCGGACCUCGUGGGAAUGGGUGUCCGUGCGAGGCGUGUUCAAAUAUCGGCCAGCCAAUCGAGGAGAAAUUGGUUGACUUGACAACGACGGAAUCAGAAUCCCGCCAGAUGGCAGGUUUAGUUAAAAAAUUUCUAAUUGCGACAUAUUGACGUCUGAGUUGGGACCCGAUUUCGCGUUAGUCCAACAACAAUCAGGACCAGACGGGGAGGUCGGUGGAAGUAUUACGCAAUGAAAUUAGCAAAUUGAAAAAUUUAUGAGACUACGGAACCACUAAUCAGGGAAGUAUCUUAUUUUGCCAAAACUAGUAUAGCUCAUUGAGCUAAGCUCAAUCACAAAUUUAACUACACUCUAAAUAAAAAGUAAGCAAAUUGCUACUGGGCGGUGUCUAUAUGUAUAUGACCUCACCGGUUUGGUAGCGAUUUUCUACAGAAUUGUAGUAAAUUUGCUACCAUCUUGUAGCAUUUCCUUACCCCGCCGUAACGGUUAGUCAA